AUGCCAGGUGUUACUGUUAGAGACGUUUCUGCACACGAAUUCAUCAACGCUUACGCACAAUUCUUGCAAAGACAAGGUAAGUUAGAAGUUCCUUCCUACGUUGAAUUAGUUAAGACUUCCGCAGGUAACGAAUUACCACCUCAAGAUGCAGAAGGUUGGUUCUACAAGAGAGCUGCUUCUGUUGCAAGACACAUCUACUUAAGAAAGCACGUUGGUAUCGGUAAAUUGAACAAGGUUUACGGUGGUUCCAAGAACAGAGGUCCAAGACCAGGUAAGCAUGUUGAUGCUUCCGGUUCCGUCAACAGAAGAGUUGUCCAAGCUUUAGAAAAGAUUGGUGUUUUAGAACUUGCUGCAAAUGGUGGUAGAAAGAUCUCCGAAAACGGUCAAAGAGAUUUAGAUCGUAUUGCUGCACAAACUCUUGAAGCAGAAGAUGACGAAUAA